GCCGCUCUCGGGCUUCACUGCCGGGUCAGGCGCGGCGGCGGCCAUGGGCGGCGGCGGCGGCGGCGGCGGCUGCUAGAGGAAGGGGCAGCGAUGUCCAAGGGCUUGAAGAGCCGCCGCCACUGGACGAGCCGGGUGCACGAGAGCGUCAUCGCCCGCGGCGGCGACGGGCAGCUGGGCUUCGAGCUCAAGGGGGGCGCCGAGCACGGGCAGUUCCCCUUCGUGGGGGAGGUGCGCGCCGGCCAGGUGGCCUACGAGGGCGGCAGGCUGGUGCCCGAGGAGCUGCUGCUGGAGGUGAACGACACGCCCGUGGCCGGGCUGACCCUGCGCGACGUGCUGGCCGUCAUCAAGCACUGCAAGGACCCCCUCCGCCUCAAGUGCGUCAGGCAAGGUGGAAAGUGCAGGAUAGCAGCAUUCUUCCAGCCCUGGGGAGCCCUGAGCAGUGGAGGCGUUGUUGAUAAGGAUCUUCGUCACUACCUCAAUUUACGUUUCCAGAAAGGCUCAGUGGACCACGAGCUACAACAGAUCAUCCGAGACAACCUCUACCUCCGAACUGUGCCUUGCACUACAAGGCCUCAUAAGGAGGGUGAAGUCCCUGGUGUGGAUUAUAUUUUUAUCACUGUUGAAGACUUUAUGGAAUUGGAGAAAAGUGGUGCUCUUUUGGAAAGCGGAACAUAUGAAGACAACUACUAUGGUACUCCAAAGCCUCCAGCGGAGCCUACCCCAUUAUUGUUAAAUGUGACCGACCAGAUAAUCCCAGGUGCAACACCCAGUGCUGAAGGCAAACGCAAAAGAAAUAAGUCAGUGAGCAAUAUGGAGAAGACAGGAAUAGAGCCGCCAGAGGAGGAGGAAGAAGAAAGGCCUGUGGUGAAUGGGAAUGGCAUGGCAAUCACACCAGAAUCAAGUGAACAUGAAGAGAAAAGUGCAGGGACUUCAGGUGAAUCUUCAUCUCAGCCUUAUCCUGCACCUGUAUACAGCCAACCCCAAUUGGAAGAAGUGAAGGAAGAUAUGGAUGUAACAAAGCCACUGAAACCGGAAGAAAUUGAUGAAUUAGGCCCUUUGCCAGACAACUGGGAAAUGGCUUACACAGAGAAGGGGGAAGUCUACUUUAUUGACCAUAACACAAAGACAACAUCAUGGCUGGAUCCACGACUUGCAAAAAAGGCUAAACCUCCUGAAGAGUGCAAAGAAAAUGAGCUACCAUAUGGCUGGGAGAAGAUUGAUGAUCCCAUUUAUGGCACUUAUUAUGUUGACCACAUAAACAGAAGGACACAAUUUGAAAAUCCUGUUCUGGAAGCUAAAAGGAAGCUUCAACAGCGUACCAUGCCCAACACAGAACUUGGAACAAAGCCUAUGCCGGCCCAAGGUUUCCGAGUAGAAAGCACCCCAGCAACAUUACCUAGGCCCAAUCAUGUUCACCCGCGCCCUGCUCCUCAGAGAUCUCGCAGUGUGAGUGACCUGUCUCAGUGUCGGCGGGACAGUGCCGGAGUUUACAGGUUGUAUGAAAAGCCACUUUUUACCCGGGAUGCCUCACAGCUGAAGGGGACUUUCCUCACUACAACUCUUAAAAAAAGCAAUAUGGGUUUUGGAUUUACCAUCAUUGGUGGAGAUGAACCUGAUGAGUUUCUGCAGGUGAAGAGUGUCAUUCCCGAUGGACCUGCAGCCCAAGAUGGCAAAAUGGAAACUGGUGAUGUCAUUGUCUAUAUUAAUGAAGUUUGUGUCCUUGGGCAUACUCACGCAGAUGUAGUCAAACUCUUCCAGUCUGUUCCUAUUGGUCAGAGUGUCAACCUGGUGCUAUGUCGUGGAUACCCUCUGCCCUUUGAUCCCGAAGAUCCUGCUAACAGCAUGGUGCCACCUCUUACAGUCAUGGAAAGACCUCCUGUAGUAGUCAACGGAAGACAUAACUAUGAAACUUAUUUGGAAUACAUUUCUAGAACUUCUCAGUCUGUUCCAGAUGUAACAGAUCGGCCACCACAUUCCUUGCACUCCAUUACAACAGAUAGUCAGCUUGAUAGUACAUUCCCACCGCCUGUUCAUGAUGAUAAUGUAUCCAUGGCUUCUUCCGGAGCCACACAAGCUGAACUCAUGACCUUAACCAUUGUGAAAGGGACCCAGGGCUUUGGCUUCACUAUAGCAGACAGUCCUACAGGACAGAGGGUGAAGCAAAUUCUAGACAUACAGGGAUGCCCUGGUUUAUGUGAAGGUGACCUCAUUGUUGAGAUCAACCAGCAGAAUGUACAGAACCUGAGCCAUACAGAAGUAGUGGAUAUACUUAAGGAAUGUCCAGUUGGAAGUGAGACUUCUUUGAUUAUCCAUAGAGGAGGAUUCUUUUCACCUUGGAAGACUCCAAAGCCUAUGAUGGAACGAUGGGAGAGUCAAGGGAGUCCUCAGACAAGUUUAUCUGCUCCAGCUAUACCACAGAAUAUCCCCUUCCCACCCACCUUGCACAGGAGUUCUUUUCCUGAUUCCACAGAGGCCUUUGAUCCAAGAAAACCUGACCCAUAUGAGCUGUAUGAGAAGUCACGCGCUAUUUAUGAAAGUAGGCGUCCAGACUAUAAGGAUUUGGAUGUUUAUCUUCGGAGAAUGGAAUCUGGAUUUGGCUUCAGAAUACUUGGAGGUGAUGAACCUGGACAGCCCAUUCUAAUAGGAGCAGUGAUUGCUAUGGGCUCAGCAGACAGAGAUGGUCGUCUACAUCCUGGUGAUGAGUUAGUCUAUGUUGAUGGAAUUCCAGUGGCUGGCAAAACUCACCGAUAUGUGAUUGAUCUCAUGCAUAAUGCAGCUCGAAAUGGGCAAGUGAAUCUAACUGUGAGAAGAAAGGUGCUACCCACAGACUCCUGGAAUCAGAAAAAUUCUCUCCAAACUGGUGUAACGCCCCCUAGCAGCUCCCCAAACCCUAGGAAAAUGGCCAGAAACCAAGGGGAACCAUGUCCAGAGAAUGGCAGAAGUCCAGGCUCUGUGUCUAUGCAUCACAGUUCUCCAAGAAGUGACUAUGCCACAUAUGCUAACAGCAAUCAUGCUGGGUCCAGCAGCAAUGCUACACCCCCAGAGGGCUUUGCUUCACACAGUUUGCAAAUGAGUGAUGUCAUUAUCCAUCGCAAGGAGAAUGAAGGGUUUGGCUUUGUUAUCAUAAGCUCCUUGAACAGGCCUGAAUCAGGAUCAACCAUAACUGUACCCCACAAAAUAGGCCGUAUAAUUGAUGGAAGUCCUGCUGAUCGCUGUGCAAAACUUAAAGUCGGAGACCGGAUCUUAGCUGUGAAUGGCCAGUCUAUAAUUAACAUGCCUCAUGCAGAUAUUGUGAAGCUAAUUAAAGAUGCUGGUCUUAGUGUAACUCUUCGCAUCAUUCCUCAGGAGGAGCUGAACAGCCCAGCUUCCGCACCCAGCUCAGAGAAGCAGAGCCCCAUGGCCCAACAGCACAGCCCCAUGGCUCAGCAAAGUCCACUCUCACAACAGAGUCCAGUAGCACAGCAGAGUCCUGUAGCACAGCCGGUGCCUCCACAGCCACUCCAGUCUCAAGGGCAUGAAAACAGUUACAGGUCAGAGGUGAAAGCAAGGCAGGAUGUGAAACCCGAUGUCCGACAACCUCCAUUUACAGACUAUCGGCAGCCUUCAGCGGACUACAGGCAGCCUCCAUUAGACUACAGGCACCCUCCAGUAUUGGAUUACCAGCAACCACCUCCUCUGGACUAUAGGCAACCCCCUUUGAUAGAUUAUAGGCAACAUUCUCCUGACAGCAGGCAAUACCCCUUAUCAGAUUACAGGCAGCUCCAGGAUUUUGAUUAUUUUACUGUUGAUCUGGAAAAAGGAGCCAAGGGGUUUGGAUUCAGUAUUCGAGGAGGAAGAGAAUACAAAAUGGAUCUCUAUGUGUUGAGGUUGGCAGAAGAUGGACCAGCAAUAAGAAAUGGAAGAAUAAGGGUAGGGGAUCAAAUAAUUGAAAUUAAUGGAGAAAGCACAAGAGACAUGACACAUGCUAGAGCAAUAGAGCUAAUCAAAUCUGGUGGCAGGAGAGUGCGGCUGUUAUUGAAACGUGGAACUGGACAAGUCCCAGAAUAUGGAAUGGUUCCUUCCAGCCUCUCCAUGUGCAUGAAAAGUGACAAGCAUGGCUCCCCCUAUUUCUACUUAUUGGGCCACCCUAAAGACACGACGAACCAAACUCCUGGAGUUCUCCCUCUGCCACCUCCCCAGGUCUGCCGGAAGUAACUAUUUCCCUUGAUGACAUUGUCUCACCAUUUUCUUCAUCACAUCUAGUCCAAUCCUCUGACCCUUCCCACCAGAUGCACCCAGAAUCAACAUGGGAGACCAAGCGGGAACCUGAUGUCAGAAAACCAAAGGAGCUUUCAGCAAACACCCACAAAAAGAAAAGGUUAGGGGAGCACAUGGAGAGGUCUGCAAGCCCUAAAAAGGUUGACAGGUUGACAGGUCAAAGCAUGAAGCAUAAAAAGGUUGACAUGUCAAAGCAUGAAGAGGUUUCCUGUUCCCAAAACCAGACUAAGACCGGUGAAAGCAGCAAGCUGGCCUCAGAAAACAAGGUAGUGGAAGGGAACACGACAGCAGAGGCUGGAGAUCGAGAUCCUGGGUAUGCUGGAACCAAUGCUGAACUGGCUGGGAGAGCCAAGUGGCUAGAAAGCAAAAGAGGAGGCUCUCUCAGCCCAAAAGAUCACAAUGCCACAAGGAAGAAAUCAGCUGCAAUUCCUGAACAUGUCAAGCUUGAGUCAAUUGGUGCUACAAAGAUGUACAGUAGCAAUAGCUGCAGCUCUCAUGGAAGUGACAUGGACCACAGUCAGAAGGAGUCUGAUAGGAAGCCCAGUGAGUUCCCAUGGAAGGGACACCUCCACUCCAUUAACACAUGCAACACCAACGCUACAACCCAGAAGGCAACUGUCUCACCGGGACCAUGGAAGAUUCCUGGCUCCAAUAAGCUCCCUGAUGUCCUAAAGUCCAGCACAUCAGCCAUGAGCAGAUAGAUCUGUGACUGUUGCCCUAGUUUUGCAGUGAUCAAAUCAUCCUUCUUUGCUUCUGUUUCACAUUUAUUUACUUUAAUUUAUUUAACUACCACACACAUCCAUUGCUGAAAACAUUGAGAAACAGAAACAAUAGUGUGUAAUUCCAUGACAGCAUACAUAGCAUCUAAUCUGUUGAAGCAACAUGUAGUCACACAAUAUUUAAAUGUGACCUUCCAGUUCCCAGUUUCAUUUUAGAGACUUUGGCAGCUAUGGAAGAAACCAAAAUAAUAUGAAGGACAGACAAACCACAAAGAUGGUGCCGUGUAGCUUUAGUAGGUUGUUUGUCAUUGCAUGAAGGACUUGGGGUUUUCAUUCAAACUUUAUAUCAAGAAACUGGAAGAAGUUUUUGCAAUCACAAACUGGAACAUCGCCUUAAAUAAAAACUCCACGGAACAAAGCUGAAAGAGGAAGAGAAUCUUUUAUCUGAGUUAAAUGUUGUAAAUAAAAUUGUUCUCAGCAUAUCCAGACAGGGGUUUGAUGCAUUUGAAAUUGUACAUCCAUGACAUGUCUCCACUGUUAACACUUUGGAAUGGGCCACCCUGAAGUUGGUAACAGAAGUCAGGACACAAGGUGAGGAAUCCUACUGGAUUAGCUGGCGCGAUACCAUUUCUACUGCCUUUUUUGGUGUGUGUGAACAAACCAUAUUUCUGUACGUUGGGGAGAAAGUUAGAGUGGAAGGGUAGUUGCAAAUCUGGCUUCAAAAGCAGUUUACUGCAGAUGUCGCCCAUUCCCACACAGGGAAUCCCACAAACCACACACAGUGUCAGCUGCUCACAAAUAUGAACUGUAAUGUGCUGUUGCCACUAUAAAGAAGGGACAAUGCCUGAAAAACUGCAGUCCUUUCAGAACAAUCUCUCUCUCCUUCAGGCACUAAAAGUGCCUGAGAUUUAGUCCAACCUUUUAAUAAGACUGUGUCUUUAAGUUCUCCUUCUCAAUCACAUUCUAAGAAUUCCAAGAUACAGGUCUGUAAAAAAAAUUCUCAUGUAUUCAUCCAGCUCUCUUCCUGCCAUAUUUCUAUUUAUAUCUUAACUAGCAUUUAAUGUUCAAAUAUUAAGUGCCAUGAGAAGAUUUCAUUCCAUGCUGAUGAGGUACAGUUUCUCCAAUGAGCUCCAUUACUCAUUUCCUUGUCCUUAAGAGGUUUGCUGUUAUCUUAGCUGCAUCAUCCAGAAAUAAACCAAAUAAUAUAUUUUUAAACCCCUCAAUAAUCAUUGUUUCAAAGUAACAAACUUACACUGGCAAAAAUGUAUUUAGACAACCUCUCAUAAGACCUGGAAAUACAUUGCUCAAUGACUGGCUAAAUCCUGUUGCUGUUUGAAGACCAGUGGAAGUUUGGAUUUGGAGAGGCAUGUGAGGAGGAAUGUUAGCCAUUAAGAUGAGGUUUGGUAUAAGAAAUCUGCAUCUUGUUAGUCCUCACCAUCCAUUUAUUAGAGACAGCUACUGGAAUUCGGUGACUUCCUUCAAUCAAAGUUAGUUGGAAAAGACUACAGAAAGGGUUUUGCACCUUUGAAACAAAGUGCUUAUUUUAAGAGGCAGUCCCAUUAUAAUUUUUUAAGGAAAGCACAAAGAUAUGUAGCUGUUUACAAAAUACAUUAUAUAUAUAGUUUUUAAUUAAAAAUUAUAGAUAUAUCUUUAUCCCCUAAACAUUUGGCAUAAUUUGCUAUUAAUUUAUUAAAUUUCAAUUUCUGGACACUAUUCCCCUACUAUAAAUACAUGUCCAAUUACAUUAUUUCAGAUAUAAAGAACAGGAAAAAAUGAGAUUAUGCCUAUAUAAACUCCACUUUGCACAGUUCCCAGCAACUCCUUGUGCAGUAAUUACUUUCUGCAGCUGUAAUUGAUAACCUGUGAAGAUGCCACUUCAUCUAAACCCCAUUCCAGAUAAUAUUUCUGUGUAGUGUUAGCUGUGAAUUUACCUUGUACAGCUCUAUUGCUAUAAAUAUAAUUCCAUGUAUUAAUAGUCACAGAAAGGCUGUAAGUGAGCAACUAUUUUUAUGAAACGCACCACUAUGGAUAAAUUAACUUUUACAGAAAUCUUGUUUACUGUAUGAUAUUCUAAACCACUCAAAUAAAAUAUAUAUCCAAGAAUCUUUCCCCCUCAA